AUGCCCUCUCUCGAUUCUAAAAAUCCUAUUAGAUCACUAGUUGGCUCAUUUCUCGCCUGGAAAUCACUACUUCUACUUAUUGUUAUCGGGAGUAGCGUCGGUCCAGCUUACGACACCUCGAGUACUCUACUAUCCCCUGAGAUAACUUCAUCCCACGAACCCCCAUUUGACUUGGCUACAAAGCUAACACGAUGGGACUCUAUUUACUUUAUACAGGCCUCUCGUCGAGGCUAUAUGUUUGAGCAGGAAUGGGCAUUUGGCACCGGGUUUCCAACUGUCAUCUCUUAUCUUAGUCAAGGACUUUCUAGCUUAGGAAUUCAGGCCCAUGAUUCCCUCGAGCCACUUAUCGGGAUAUUGGUAGCUCACACAUCCCAUCUGCUCUCUGUGCUUGCCUUGUAUCAGCUCGGACUCGUUGUCCUAAGAAAUCAGCGGCUGUCAUUUAUCGCGGCCCUACUGCAUAUCCUGUCCCCAGCUGGGCUUUUCUUGUCAGCUCCAUAUAACGAGAGCACGUUUGCUUUUCUAUCUUUUACCGGCUGCCUCUUCUUUGCGAAGGGUUUACUUGGGCCAAAGCGGACCUUUGCCCACGAUGUAAGCUUGGUCGCUUCAGGUAUGUGGUUUGGCUUCGCCACCACAUUUCGUAGCAAUGGCCUAUUCAAUGGGAUCCCAUUCGCAAUUGCACUGGCCCAUGAACUCACUAUGCCACCCACUCUAUCUAGUAUUCGACGACGAUUUGCCCUACUCUUGGGAGGUUUGGCCAUAGCAGUUAGCUUUGUGAUUCCGCAACUUGUUGCAUUUCAAAUCUUCUGCUCCGUUCCUUCAGGUACCAAGUUAAGACCUUGGUGCACAAGCGUGUUUCCCAGUAUUUACUCAUUCGUUCAAGCGCGCUAUUGGAACGUUGGCUUUCUCCGCUACUGGACUCCAUCAAAUAUACCCCUUUUCUUACUCGCUGCGCCAAUGAUUUACAUUCUUAUAACAUCAAGUCUAGAACUCAUCAGACGGCCUCUGAGUAUCGCAUCUAAGGAAUCCAUUCCCGGUGACCCCGCUCAUCUAACAGUACUAGUCCGUUCCAUGGCCAUAUCCCAGCUCAUAUUAGCUGCUUUAUCCAUCACAAACUAUCACAUCCAAAUCAUCACGAGGAUCUCAUCGGGAUAUCCACUUUGGUACUGGUGGCUGGCAGGGCUUAUUACUGAGAAAAAGACUUCAACAUUUGGGACAAACAUCGUGAGAUUUAUGAUCAUGUACGCCGCCAUUCAAGGAGCUCUCUUUGCCUCCUUCCUCCCUCCAGCCUAAUGCACAUCACGUGUUGCCGCGUACUCUGUUGGUGAACCCCAGGUUCCAACCUAUAUAGUCGUCGUUUCUCAUUUAUCAUAGUAUAUAGACCAGAAAGCAUAACAUCAUCAUAUCGUAGCCACCCUAUAGCCAGUUCCGUCGAAGAGAUAGCAGUUCUCCAUACCAAUUAUCGCGACCCAUAGCCUCCAGGGGGUUCUAGCUCGUGAUCACAAUAUAAACAUAUAAUCGCAAGGCAAGAAAGUUGUUUCGUAGCAGGCACGUUCUCUCCCCUUUUAAGUGCAGGCAAGGUAUGAUCUUUUACAUAAGGCUAUUGCAAAGAAGCGCCUUCUUCCUCAACACCACGA